AUGUCUUCAAUUAACAGGAAAAUCCUUAAAAUAUUCUGUAUCACACAGAUAUCACUCUUUGGAUUGAGUUACCUGACACGAAUGACUGUUCAAAGGUUUGAUAAAGCAGAAAGUGCGUCACCUCUCAAACAUUUGAUAUCGUGGGAUGCCAUGCACUUUGAACAAAUUCAAGAACAUGGCUACUUUUAUGAACACAGUAUGGCAUUUUUCCCACUACACAUGAAAAUAGCAAGUAUUGUAAGCUGUUACAUAUUCAAUAAGACUGUUGUAUCAAUUGUAUUGAACAAUGUGUACUUUUUGAUAUCGGCACUAUUGAUCUACAAAAUAGUACUGAUUCUGCAUAAACCAGAUGAAAAUAAGCAUAAAACAAGCAUAUUUGCCCUGAAAACAGCAACAUAUUUCCUACUGAAUUCAGCCAGUGUAAUUUAUUCAACAAUCUACACAGAAUCACUCUUCACACUGCUGUUUCUACUUGGAUUCUACAACUACCUGAAUGGAUCCAGUGUUCAUUCUGCAUGCUUAUUCAGCUUAUCAACUCUCUGUAGAUCAAAUGGAAUUGCAUUUGUGUGCUUUCUGAAACCAUACUGGAUUAUUCCAUUUAUGGUUCCAUUUGGAAUAUAUCAACUGUUCUGUAUCUUAUUGUACUGGAAGAAUAACUGCAAUUUCACAAUAAUCAUUCCAUACAAUUUCAUACAGAAGACAUAUUGGAAUCAGGGAUUCCUAAAAUUCUACACCUUGCAACAACUUCCAAACAUAAUCAUUGGGUUACCAAGUCUUCUACUCGCAUCAUACAGUCUACACAGUUUCAAGUUCAAUAGACUCUCCGCUCUUCUGAUGUUUAAGUUGCUCAUGACAGUAACAACAAUUCACUGGAAUAUGGCAGGCAGAUUUCUUGCAUUUCAUCCUCAUAUACACAUGUGCAUGGCUAAAAUCAGUAACAGAUAUGUUAUAUACGCAUUUCUCACACUUAGACUGCUAUACAUAAUCAUGUUCAGUGCAUAUUAUCCACCAGCCUAA